GUGCGCGCGCAACGUCGGUCGCAGCUCGUACGCUCAGUCGAUCAGAGUCGCGCGUCGAACCGAGACACACCGGCGUGCGCUCGCAAAGGCCUAAAAUCCACAAAUCGGUAUUAUAGUACCGACCGUGUUCGUUACCUUGAAGGUAUUCAAGCAAUCGAGCAACGGCUUAGUGAGAAGUGAGUGAACAGCUGACUACCGGCUGCCGAAUUGUGUAUGAUUGGAGAUUUGAUGACAGCGAAAUUCAGUGAACUAUGUGUCAGCCCAGCUAGCACCCAACGACAUCCCACACAAGUGAUGCACAGCGACUUCAGCCCCCUCUAGCGCACCAGUUCCCCCUUCAAGAUGUCCGUGGAAACCCAGGAGUAUAUCAACGGCAUGAGGGAGGGCCCCCUGACCAGAGAGAUCCCAGAAUGCAUGCGAAACAAAUAUACUAUAGUGCAGACCGUUUUCGAUAUUAUAUGGUUCCUUCUCCUCGCCGCCGGACAUAUUAUCUUCGGGAUAUACAGAUACAUUGUCGGAUAUCCUAAGAAAGAUUUGAAGGGGGGAAUAGCGGUGGUGACGGGCGGAGGCGGCGGCCUGGGCAGUCUCAUAGCGCUUCGCCUUGCGAGAUUGGGAUGCAAGGUCGUGCUAUGGGAUAUUAACAAACAAGGAUUGGAUGAUUCGGAAAAACUAGUGAAGGGUAUUGGAGGGGACUGCUACUCCUACGUGGUGAAUCUAGCCGAUAAGGAAGACAUUUACCGAGUCGCCAAAAAGGUUCACGAGGAAGUCGGUAGGGUAAGUCUGUUGAUAAACAACGCCGGCGUGGUGUCGGGGCAGUACCUCUUGGAUACGCCGGACUAUCUCAUACAGCGGACGUUUGACGUCAACGUUUUGGCGCAUAUAUGGACGGUAAAAGCCUUCCUACCCAAGAUGAUAGAACACAACGACGGCCACAUAGUGACCAUAGCGUCCAUGGCGGGCCACGUAGGCGUGGCCAAGCUGGUGGACUACUGCGCGUCGAAGUCUGCGGCCUGCGGCUUCGAUGAAGCCCUGAGAUUGGAGCUGGAGGUGCGCGGCGCGAAGGGGGUGACCACGUCGCUCAUCUGUCCGUACUUUAUACGGUCUACGGGCAUGUUCGAGCAGGUUAAUUCGAGGUUUGUGCCUCAACUGAACGCGAACGAGGUAGCGGACCGAGUGGUGCUCGCCAUCCGCACCAACGAAGCCCUGGCCGUCAUGCCGGGAUACUUCAGUUUACUGCUGCCUCUCAAAUGGCUCGUCCCCUGGCCAUGCCUGUCGGAGUUCCUGCGGCGCCUGGUGCCGGACGCGGUGCCCGCGUCGCACUCGCACGUGCACUCGCCGCCGCCCCCCGCCCCCGCCCCCGCCCCCGCCCCCGCCCGGCCCGCCAAGCCCGACGCGCGCCCCGUGACGCUGGCGCCGCCGCGCCGACACGACAGGCACGUCUGACGCACGAGCACGCUGCGCUACGAGACAUGCGACAUGCGUCGACAAGGGUGAUAUUGCUAACUGGAUUACCAUUGGACCCUUAUUAAGUGACGAGACAGCACCAUUAGGCCCACUUGCACCAUCCCCCUAACCCUGGAAGGUUUAACCGGUUAACCCGGGUUAGUGGAAUGGUGCAAGUUGGCCUUAGCUGCUUAAGGAGCUGCCUUCUCUAGGGCUCUGUUCUAUACUGAGCGGUCGAUGAAUUUAUUAUAGAUAUUUUGAUUAUUUUGACCAAUGGUGUUGUACGCGGUACGUGUGAUUGUGGCAGCUUGAUGACAUCAGAAGAAAAUGACAAACCACAUUGUUUUUGUGGCUAAAAGCCAUAAAAGAUUAACUUUAUCGCAUGAUUUGCAUUGGCGAACGAGCUUCUUACUGUAUCUAGUUAGCCGUAUCGCGGUAUCUUUACGCGAGUAAGAUUAAUUCCCAGAUUGUUAUAUCGUGAUGCAUAGAUGAGAGACUAUCAAAAUUUGGAUGAUCAAAGGGAACCUAGUGAAUGCUGUGAUAGAAGCUGAAGCUUGAUUACUUAUUGAUUAAUGGAAUUUUAUACAAUCGGCAUCAAAAUGCGUUUUACUACACUUCAGCCUUGUUAUUUUAAACGGAAAAUAGACCCAAAUAACUGUAAGAACGAUAUGGUUUUUUUCUAGUUAUUUGGCAUUGUUGUUGGUACCGACGUACUUAGUUAAUUUUAAAGUUGUUAUAGCAAUUGUUGACCAAACAUUGCGUGUAUUGAGAUGUUGCGUUUCCAAAGUAAUUGAGGUAUAUUUAAGGUUCCCGUUAUCGCAAAUGUUGUAUAAGAGCAGUUAUGAUCAGUGCCCUACAGAAAAGUGCCAUCGACAAAAUACGUAACUUCUUGUAUAGAAUUACAUUAGUACAAAUUGAUUAACUGUCGCGAACAUUUUCUAAAUAAUGCGAUUAAAAUAAAACGGGACCUUAGAUUACGAUUCGUAUUUCUGUAAAAGUAAAAAUUAUAAUACCUGUACAUACAUAUGUUAAAUAAGUAAGUAUUUUAAACGUAUCUGUUUAACCAGUACUCUUGAAUCUGAUGCAGCUUUUAGAUUUUAAUUGAGGGUAAGGCAGGGCUAAAUAUCGGUAGGUAAGGGUGAAAUGGCCACUAUAUCUUAUCUACUCCGUUUAUGUAGUCCAUUUGGCUUCGAAGUGACUGUAGUAUGAACGAGUUACAUUACGUUUCAUAUUUCUAGGCAAGGCCCUCGGUCAUUUCUACCUAACUCUAAAAGUGUGGAGCUGCUUUUUGUACCGACAAAGUAGGUAAAUAUAGGGAAAUCACCCAGCGCCACUGAAUUACGUGUUAAUCGAAACAUUUCCAAAAUCUUCAGUAUCGCUAAAAUAUGGAUGGAGGCCAAUUCGAAGUUACAUAGCGAUAUAAAAAUGAUGUAAUAUUGGUAUUAUUGGCCUCAUGAUCAGUCUUAUAUCAUUAAGUGGAACCCUAUCAUUAUGACGAUAACUUAACACUUCAGUCACAGUCGUAGUGUCUCUAUUUGAUAUUGAUAGAGCUUCCUUUAAGUUGCAAAAUCUGUGGUAAUUGAAUUCAGUCUGUUAAAUUCUGGUUGUAUUCAUCUUUUUGAAACAGCCCUCAAUAUAAAGUUAACGUGCGUGGCGCGUCAUUUGUCGGUGUCCACUAAGGGUCUUCGGCAGCCAAAGGAAAUCAUUUGAUUUUGAUCAUCAUACGAUCGCCGACGUCCAGAUUUUGCAAUUGCGCUGUUUGUCUUAAAGGUCUGUUUACUUACCAAGUUUUCAACUUUAACUUAGGUUAAGUAAUGUAGGUAGUGUAUUGUUACUGUGGUACUUAGUCAAACUAAGAAACGACGAGGAUGUGAUAGCGAUUACCUUAUACGAUAUUGUAGCGACAUCGAUAUUAAUUACAUUCCAUAAUUAAGUUACCUUUUAAAUACGUAAUCAUCAAAUGUACAGGAUCUACUAAUGAAUAAACUGCACCCACUAAAUAAAUAAGUACUUAAAUGGACCGUUCGUAGGCCUAUUUCGAAUAUAUCAGAACUUUUGAGAUCAAUGAGAAACUUUGAGGUCGAAUAUUUUACAUAGCAUUUGAAAUAGUCCCUCGUGACGACAUGUGUACAAAAGCCUAAUUUGUAACGGUUUAGAGAUAUUCAAUGGAAUGAAGAUUGCUGUCUUUAUCAUUAACUCGUCUCGACUAUAGAGCUUUUACAUUACAAGUGCUAAGUUUAGUUAGCAUGCAAUGCAAAAAAGAUGUUGUUCUUUCGUAGCGAAAAUAAUUCACGAAUUCGAUAAUCGACAAGUUGACGAGAAUUAAGAGAUAAAUCCCGCUGUUACAUAGCAGAAGGGACAAAUAUGAUGUAGAGAAAGAAAAAGACAUCUACACAUUUUUCAAAAGUUUACUCUCUUUUUACGCGUAGGGACAGUACUGUCUGGACGAUUAUUUAUUCAUUACCCCUUUUUAAUAGGUACGCAUCUACUGUAGGUAAAGAUAAAAAUUAAUUUCUACAAUUUAUCACAAUUACUAUUAAGUUGUUCUCAACGAAAGUUGGAAAUUAUUACUAUGUAAUACUAAAACAUAGGAUUUAAGGUAAACGUGAAUUUGAAAUUUGCUCAAUUUUGGCUUAGUAUAUGUCAAUAAAUUACUUUUAAUUCGGGUGUUAAUGGGCUUCCGUGUAUAUAACGAUGUAUAUAAGUAUGUAUAACGCGGAAAUGUGGCUGUUAUAUUAUUGGCAUAAAAAUGUAUUAUAUGGUGUAUAGCAAAUUACGAAAAAUAUUCAAAACCUUGUGACAUUCUUAAGCGGGAGGGAACAUAGAGCUGUGUUUGUUGCGAAGUCUCGCAUUUGUAUUAAUGCAGCAUAAAUAGUAUAAGCACCUGGGGACCUAGUCAAGGUGACAAAGAAUAGAAAAAAUCAAUGUUAAUUGUAUAUUUCCAUACAUUACGAGUUAAAUACUCGUAAUGUAUGGAAAUUGUUAGAUUAUUGUUUUCUAUCAACGAUUACAACAUCUUGUCUAGACCUGCUGCCAUGGUAUACGUCCCUGUUCUUUGAGAAUGACACAUUCUACUGGAAAUUUUGUUUACCUACCUAAAAGAGGGACCUGAAGAAGUUGCAUUUAUUGCAAAAAAUAAAACCGUUUGUUCGGUUAAAAAUAUAUUUGUAUUAUGAUGAAAAAAGGGAAUAAAGAUAUAAAUGAAAUGUU